UAAUUUUUUUUAUUGUUCAUCUCCGUCUCCCAACCCAACCCCACCCCGUCCUAUUCGUCAACAUUUCCCCCUUCAUCGUCGUCGGUGGCCGAUUCCCGGCGGACGGCUGCGAGUGGAAGUUCUUGCAACCGCUCCACCAGCUCUCGCAACCUAAAAAAAAAACAGGAUUUUCGGAGCCUAAAAUUGAAAUGGGGACUUGGAGUUUAGAUCUGUAAUUUGUCCAAGGAAAGGCAAAUGAUCACUGCUACAAUCAACAGUAUGUUGCUAAAUUUUCUGUAUGUUGGGAAACAAGCAUUUUGAACAUAUGUUCUACUUUCUAGAUGGAAAAUAUAUAUCUAUAUUUAUAUAUUUUUGUAUCAACAUUUGAUCGCCUUUUCCAAACAUUUCCACGGCUAAGCAACCCCAGUUUUCAAAUAUUUGCUUCUUCGUCAGUUCUCUGCUUCAUUAACCAGAUCUUGAAUGAACCUUGAAUUAAGAUGGGAACCAUUUCUGGGCUGACGGCAUGUUAUUCAGGCUUAGCCCAUCCAAAACUACCAUUCCAGAUUCGGGAAUGUAAUAGAAGCACACCUAGAGAUUCCAAUGCCAUCCCACUGGUGUCUAAAAGGAUUCCUAGAGCAAAGAAUCAUUAUUCCCUUGCAUUGUGUACCUGCACCAGAUAUGUCACCUGUGCAGGAAGAAAUCAUCAUAACUUGAGUUCUGGCAAUGACUUCCUUGAGGAGCCAUUUUGGUUAACUUUGAUAAAGGAAGCUUUUUGGGCAUUGAAAUCUUUAUUUGUCUUCCUGCUUGAGCAGCCUAGCCAACUGAAGUACAUAGAGUGGCCUGGUUUCCAGAGCACGCUGAAAACAGCUUCUCUUACUCUGGUUCUUGUGGCGCUUCUUAUAGUUGCACUGGCCUCGGUUGAUUCUGCCCUCUGCUAUCUUCUGGCUUUGCUUAUACGUAAAGCCACCCCCUGAGGAGCAGUAGUGGUUCCUGAAGAAGCUGCACUGCACUGCACUGCCUUGAGGUGAUUCUGUUCCUGCCCUAUGUUAUCUAAUCUGCUGGUUGGCUGGGUUUGCUUAUUAGGUGGGUGGUUGUUCCUGAACUGUCUGGUCAACAAUGUAUUAUCCAGUAAAACACGUGGCUUGGCUAUUCCCUCAUUUCUCAUUUUUGGGACCCGGCUGAACCCAGUUGCCCGACCCAGUCGUGUAUAUGUUUCUUCUCUGUGUUUGUUCCUUGUGACGUUAUAUCUUGUGAAAACACAAAGGAAGGAAGCUGUGAUUUUAUUUUAACUUGUUUUCGUUGCAAAUGGAAUGGAGGCCAAAGGCCUAAAACAACAAGACUAAAAACCAGGACUAGGUGUUGACUAUUUGGGAUGAGUUGCUGUAUGUAACUGCAUUCUUUUUUUUUUUUUUUUAUUAUGGUUGCUUAGUAUGACUUGUUUAGUUUGUGGGGGUUUAUGAAAUGCCACAAAUUUAAUGCAUUUGGUCGGACAUAUUACUGUCGGACCAAGCAAAGGAAAAAUAUAAAUCUAGGGCUCGAUUUGAAUUAGGAUGUUAGAUUUGAAACCUGGUGAAGGGGAAAGACAUAUAACUUAGAAACCACAGCCCUGUACACCAUACCAAAGUCUCAACCGUCCAACCUCUGCUUUUAACUUCCAAACCAAUUCCCCCUAUGACACCUAAUCCAUGGACGGCCUCGAAGGCUACAAAAAAUCAGCUUCAAGCUUCAGUGAAAAGUAGGAACCGAUGAACCUCAAUGCGUAGUUUUAUUACAAAAACAUUGGUGGAGAAAUCAAUGCUCCAUUCAUUGGACUUUACAACAUUUAUUCCAUAUGGAACCCCGCUGUGUUUUGGCCAUGUCCUCCAAACACUACACCAUAAGUACCAACCAUCAAGCCCAUUUCUCCCCCUCUUCCCCCAUAUCCUCGUCUCUCUCCCCACAGAACAUAAAAAAGGAGGGAGUGUCUCCCGUGCUAUCCAAGGGAAAUUGGAGAAAGAAGAGAAGGGGACAAUGGGUGCUCAAAGAACCACCCCAAAAGCCUCUCCAAAGAGGAAUUCCACCACCCUGCAGCAUCUCUUUGAACUAGAUUCCGGACACCAUUUCUCUAACAACACAGGCAAGAGAUCCCCUGCUGCUUUUGAAUGUGAAGACGAAGAGAUUCUUUCCCUCAUAUCUUCCUGCACCUUCACGUACACCUUCACCGACCCUUCCGAGUCCUCUUCCCAGCAAGAUCUCAAGCGCCUCAAACUCAUCCAGCUUCUCUCCAUCAUCAAAAUUUCCCCAAAGCCGCUCCACACUCAGAUUCUACCUCCCUUCUUCACCAUGCUCUCUUCCAACCUCUUUCGUCCACUCCCUCCGACCACCCCCAUUCUCUGUGUCCUACCAGAUGAUGAGGACCUCACCGCAACUCCAGCUGCUUCAUGGCCACACCUUCAGAUCAUAUAUGACAUACUUCUUCGGGUUGUCACCGCCAUGGACGCCAAGGUACUAAAAUAUCACAUCGAUCAUUCUUUCCUCAUCAAUCUUAUCACGCUUUUCCAAUCCGAGGAUCCCAGAGAACGCGAAAGCCUGAAGAACGUGUUCCACAGAAUCUACUCAAAAUUCACUUUCCACCGAUCGUUCAUGAGAAAAGCCAUGAGCGACGUGUUCUUGCAGUACAUAUUCGAAACGGACAAGCAUUGUGGCAUUGGCGAGCUUCUAGAGAUCUGGGGAACCAUCAUUAAUGGCUUCACUGUGCCGCUGAAAGAAGAACACAAGCUGUUCCUGACGAGAGUUCUGAUUCCUUUGCACAAGCCCAAGGGAAUGCAGGCUUAUCACAGGCAGUUAACUUACUGUGUUACCCAGUUUAUGCAGAAAGAACCUGACCUGAGUGGGCUUACUGUGAGAGGGGUUCUGAGAUAUUGGCCUGUCACCAAUUGCCAAAAGGAAGUUGUUCUGAUUGGGGAAUUAGAAGAAUUAGUAGAAAAUAUGGAUCCUGAGCAGUACAGAAAGCUGGCUCUGCCUUUGUGUACCCAAAUCACCAAAUGCUUCAACAGUUGGAACUCACAGGUGGCGGAGCGUGCUCUGUAUGUAUGGAACAACGAACAGUUCGUGAAGAUGGCUUCGCAGGCGAUGGGAGACGUGUUUCCAGUGCUGGUUGCGGGCAUGGAGAAGAACCUGAAAUGGCACUGGAGCAAAAGUGUGAAGCAAUUGACAGAGAAUGUGAGGGCGAUGGUGGAAGAAAUGGAGCCGAAUCUGUACAGCCAGUGUGUCGAAAGGCUCGAGUCCCAGGACUUGAGGGCUCAUCAGGAGGCGACGAAGAGGGCAGAGAAGUGGGUAGGGAUAGAACUGGCAGCAACCAGGAACGGCGGUCAGUGCCCGCCACAACCACAUUGGAUAUGUGUUUCUAACUGAUCAAGGGAAAAGGAAUGGAAGUUGGACGUGCCGAGGAACAUUUGCCGGCAACUCAUGAACUGGCAUUCAGAUGUCCUGUUUUGCCUGCCUUAACAUCUCGUCAUCUCCUCAUCUGGAUCCAGCUCUCCAUUGUAUCUUACCAUAACUCAAUACAUAAUAUUAUUAUAUGUAUGUUGUCACAUAUAUAGGGUCUAAUUAAUUAAGCUAUGAGUUAGCUUUCCUUGGCUUGAAUGGGUACCUCAAGCUGCAAUUUGCUAGCAAAAUGAAGAUGCAUUGGCAGCACAAAAGAUUAGAGCAAAGAAAAAGUUUGAAGAGAGACGGAAGAGUUUUUGUCAUUCAAAUUAUUUUGUACUUUUGUCCCUUGUAAAGGUGGAAGCAAUGUUUA